AUGCAUCGCUUUUUUGCAGAGCUGGAGCCAUCUCUAUCCGUCACUGAGCAAAACCUGGCAGACCGAGUUAGGUACAUCCUGCGCUCCAACAUAUUUGGUGACGCCGAACUCGAGCGACUACGACGUGAGGCUAUUCCUUCAUCGAAUGGAAAUGCUACGGCUGGGAAUGUGGCGCCACUAGAUGCGCAACAAACUGCAUAUGUGGAUGCUGCCGUCAACAUUCCAUUUGUGGCUAAUUCAGACGAUGAUGGAAUAGUCUCCCACGAACUAGAGAAAAUGAGGAGCAUAUUGGAAGAGUCGAUGCUGGAAACGCGCAGCAUGCCUCUCGAAAAUCGACCGCGACUUCCCCCGCAUACCCCUUAG